UCAUCCUCAGCCCCGUUCGGCUCGGAUCAGGACAGCUCAGUGUUGCCUUUGGCUCUGCUGGCGAACACACACUGAUGGACUACCUGUGAAGAGCCGCUAAACUCUCAGACCAAAGGAAUACUCGGCAAGUCACAAACAAUCUUCAGAGUCCCUGUGGUCAUCCGAGCACUGAUGGAUCCAAACUGCUUCACCCGGCUGCUGGUCCUGUGCGCCCUCAACAAGCUGCUCGUGGCAGCGAGCCCCGAAGACGUCCACCAGGACCAUCUGAACCAUCGGGGUGAACACAAGGUGACGCGGAACCAAAUCGCCACGGCCCAGUAUGAAUGUUUCCAGAGGAUUAUGAGAGAAUCUCAGCGUGAGGGCAAAACAAUAGGAGGGUCGGUGUGUAACACAACGUGGGACGGGUGGCUGUGCUGGUACGAGACCGAGCCCGGACCAAUAGAGCAGAGCUGUCCGGACUACUACAAUGACUUUGAUCCUCAUGCGAUGGCGUCCAAAGUGUGCUCAGAGACCGGCGAGUGGGGACGCCACCCGACGAGCAAAAGGACGUGGACAAACUUCACAAACUGCCAAGACAACUCAAUACAUCACGGGACGGAUGCAAUGACUCACUUCUACCUGGUCAUGAUUGGUCACGGCCUGUCGCUGGUGUCGCUGUUCAUAUCGUUAGGAAUAUUCUUCCAUUUUAAGAGUCUGAGCUGCCAGCGGAUAACGCUGCACAAGAACCUCUUCCUCUCCUUCGUGCUGAACUCCAUCAUCACCGUGGUCUGGCUCACGACGGUGGUGAAGAAACAGGGACACACCAACAGCGACUCUGCGAGCUGCAAGCUGCUCAUGUUCGUCCACCUGUACCUGCUGAGCUGCAACUACUUCUGGAUGCUGUGCGAGGGCAUCUACCUGCACACGCUGAUUGUUGUGGCGGUGUUUGCAGAAAAACAGCACCUCAUGUGGUAUUACCUGCUGGGCUGGGGUUUCCCAAUGGUGCCGGCGGUGAUACAUUCAGUAGCACGUCAGUGCUACUACAACGACAAAUGUUGGGUCAGCUCGGAUACUUCCUUGCUGUACAUUAUCCACGGACCCAUCUGCGCUGCAUUGGUGGUGAAUCUUUUCUUCCUGCUGAACAUCAUCCGGGUUCUCAUCACCAAGCUGAGGGUGACGCACCAGGCCGAGUCCAGCCUGUACAUGAGGGCGGUGAGGGCCACCCUCAUCCUCAUCCCCUUGCUCGGCAUCCAGUUUGUCCUGCUCCCCUACAAGCCCCAGAAUCACUGGGUGGUUGAGAUCUACCAGUACAUCAUGGAAAUCCUCAUGCACUACCAGGGCCUCCUGGUUUCUACGAUAUUCUGCUUCUUCAACGGGGAGGUCCAGAGUGUCCUGCGGAGACACUGGAACCAGCAGCGGAUGCAGUUCGCCGGCACGUUCGCCAACGCCGGCUUCCUCCGCUCGGCCUCCUUCGUGGCGACGUCGCUCACAGAGGUCCACCGCUGCUACAGCAUCGAGAGCCACAGCGAGCACAUGAACGGGAAGAGCUACCCGGACAUAUUCGGGUCGGACAGCCCGUUCGUGUGAAGGCGGCGCGUCCGGCUCACUGUUUCUUUCGACUUUUUCCCCCCCGAGAAAGUUCCGAAGAUCCACGUGCACCAGUUUGCAGCAACUGAGGACAAACUUUUCACUUUCACACAAACUUUUUAUCAUAAAUAUUCAGCAUUAUUUACAUCCCACCGAGGGAAAGGACACAGAGACGAUGUGAAGAGGAGCCUGACUCAACUGGCCUCCAAGCAUCAACACGAGGAACAAAAUGCUUUUUGCAUCACGUGGAAUAAACUUGAACAAGAAGCUGUUGUGUCGAGCUGACUUUCAACAAGAGACAUUUUCUCUCUGAGCAUUUGGAGGAGAUCGAUGCCAGUUAGAAACGGGUGACCUUGCUGAACUAUUUCACCAAAUCUAACCUUUCCUUGCAAACAUCGACGGCGGCUGUGAGUUGUGAGCUGCACAGCGGAGAAGGAGUUGGUCUUUCUGACGCGUUCAAGAAGAUAACGUUACAAAAAGAGCAAGAUUCUUGUUGUUCGUGCUAUAAAACACUAGAAAAGUAUAUAAAGGUGUAAACACUGAAGACAUAAAUACGCAGCUUGCUUCGCUAAAACUCCUGUUGUGACAUUUUGUUUAAAGGCUUGCCACGCUGAAAGAUUUAAAUGAAGUUGAAAACAAUAAAGAGGAGCUGACAUUGUGUCAAAGCUGCAGUCGCUGCUCCAUACGGAUCCUUAUUGCCUCACAGCACGUGUGUUUUUAUGCGGUAAAGAUGAUGAAAUGUGUGUGUCUGAAAUAAGUAUUUCAUGCAGCCUUUAGCGUUUUAACUUUGUAUAUUUGUCCGGUCCUCUAACACAACGUGUCAUAUUACCUUUGUUAAAGAAACAGAAACCGUGGCUAGUUUUUAAUUGUUGAAAGUCAUUAGAGGUUAAUCGCUUUUUGGAUGAGCAAACAAGAAACUGAGUCCUUCACUGAUAAAGAUAAAAGUCUGUUACCUUCAGUUUGAAAUAAAAGUUGGAGAGCUGCUGGUUUCAGCCUUCCAGAACAGGAAAUACAUGAAUUACUGAGGAGUUAGAUGAGAGGAAUGAAAUGUAUUUUAUAACCUGAGUCUCCAGGAGACGGUUUGCUCAGCUUAACACAAAGACUUGAAAAAGUAUUCGCUUCAGAAAUGUCAAACUAUUCCUUUAAUGUGCAGCUGUCAACUCUUCAUGACGACUUGUUGAAAUGUUCAUAACUGCUGCAAUCACAGAAUGUAUGCAUGCUAUUCAUAAUGCUGUAUGUGAACUAUAAUAAUAUACGAGUGAUGAUUUCCACGUGUUCUUAUAAAUAUCUAAGUCAAGUCCUGCAGAUAGAUCAAUACAAAAUAUAGAUGUGUGCGUGUGUGUGUGUGGUUGUGUUUUCUCAUUACACAAUAUCACGUUAGUCAAGGUCUGAAUCUCAUUUUGUUAAUAAAUCCUUGUUAGUAAAAGAAACCAUUUUUUUUGUAAAUAUGUGUUUUAAACUGAGGUUCAGAAAAAGA